AUGGAUAACUUCAUGCAGAUGACCAAGGAACUCGGGCAUAAGCCCGAGCUGCUGCGCUUGAGGGCGUUGGAUGCGACUUAUGAUGAUGCCUUGGAGGGUAAACUUGUCGUGGCCCCCAUUGAUAUGAACGAGCCCGGCAAGAAGAUUCUGGACUCUGGCACUGCUGAUGGAACUUGGCUUCGCGGUGUACGUAGCAAGCAAUCGGCCCAGCACCACUACUUCGGUAGCGACGUGGAAGGCGAGCUUUUCCCAGAAGAUACAGAUGGCAUCACCUAUUUUGCACAUUCUUUCAAGGACCCAUGGCCCCAGCAAUACUUGGGCACUUUCGACCUUGUCCAUAUCCGAGGCAGCAUGGCGGGCUCUGCCCCCGAGGGACCUGCACCUGUGAUCAAGAACCUUACAACCCUACUGAAGUCUGGCGGCUGGGUUCAACUCAUGGAAAUGAACGGCUUCAGUGCACCAAAGAAUGGACCUGCCAUGACGGACUUUGCCAAGAUGGCAUCUGAGAUGUUCACCGGCAUUGGCGUCGGUGACUUCGCAAACAACAACAAAUCUCUGCUGGAAGAAGCCGGCUUGGUGAAUGUGCAGGAGAAGCGCGUAAUUGUCAACUUGGGCAAGAAAGCGAAGCCAGAGUUCCAAGAGAUCAGUAUUCAUGGAGUCACGGGACCUAUUGUGCCGUUAACCAGUGUGGCUAGGACUGUGCCAACUUCAUUCACCAGCGAGCAGUUUGAUACGCUUCCGUCGCGUGUCAAGGAAGAGCUCCAGACUGAAGGAGGCCAGGUUGAGAUGGUCAUUGCGUUUGGCCAGAAGGCUUGA